CUCCGCUGUCCUGAUGCUCAAACGAUCUCCAUUAAAAACCAGACAAAGCUAGGGCAAGAGAGAAACAGAACCGAAGCCGGUAAAUGGACAACCCUCUUGUCUUGUUCCUCUCUUGUUCUCUUCUUCUUCUUCUUCCUCUUCCUCUAACCUUCCGUGCCGUUCACGCAAACUUGCUCUGCUACGACGAGUUCUUGCCUGCAAACUCAACCUACGCCAGAAACCGAGACAAUCUCCUGUCUUCUCUCGCCUCCAACGUUACGGCGAGAGGCGGAUUCUACAACGCUUCACUCGGACGAAACUCGGACCGAGUCAACGCGUUCGCCCUUUGCCGACGGGGCUACGAGCCACGCGCCUGCAUCAGCUGCGUCGACAGAGUAAGCCGGAAUCUGAUAAAGACAUGUACCGAUCAGAAGCAAGCUUAUUCGUGGGACGGCGACAACGACGUUUCUUGCGUGGUACGUUACUCGAGCUCUUCGAGUUUCGGAAAGCUCGAGCUCAAACCCCCUGACAGUAAUCUCCACCCGAACAACAUCGACACUUCGAACAUGACGUUUUUCCGCCAGCAAUGGGAAUCCAUGGUGAACCGAACGCUCGAAGCUGCUUCCACGGCCAACACUUCGUCUGUUCUGAAGUAUUACGCUGUCACGAGAGCGGAAUUCACAGAGUUUCCGAAUGUCUUUUCACUGAUGCAAUGCUUUCCCGAUAUAUCCGAGGCGGAAUGCAACCAAUGCCUCGGAGAAAGCGUCUCGUAUUAUCAAGAACGGUUCUGGGGGAGACAAGGGGGAGAGGUUACUCGGCCGAGCUGUUUCUUCAGGUGGGAUUUGUAUCCUUUCUAUGGAGCUUUCGAUAAUCUAACAAGAAUCCCUUCUCCUCCUCGUCCUUCUCCCCAAUCUCCAGGAGGAAAUGAUCAAACAAAUUUCAGCAAAAGGAAUAAUGGAAGUAGCUUUCGGUCCGGGACUAUCGCGAUAAUCGUUGUUCCUACCGCCAUUAAUAUUUUCGUAUUCGUCGCUCUCGUGUACGCUUAUCACCGAAGGAAGAAGUUAUAUGUCAGAAUCAAUGAAUCCGCUGAUUCUGAUCAUAAGUUCAUGCUAAGAUUCGAUCUCGACACAAUAAUUACUGCCACGGAUGAUUUCUCGGACGAAAAUACGCUCGGACAAGGAGGAUUCGGAUCUGUCUACAAGGGGAUAUUACCGAACGGGCAAGAGAUAGCUGUGAAAAGAUUGACAAGAGGGUCAGGACAAGGAGAUUUGGAGUUCAAAAACGAGGUCUUGCUUCUUACAAGACUCCAACACAGGAAUCUGGUCAAGCUUCUCGGAUUCUGCAACGAGAGAGAUGAAGAUCUUCUCGUUUACGAGUUCGUGCCAAACUCGAGCCUUGACCGUUUCAUAUUCGAUCCGGACAAGCGUUCACUUCUUACGUGGGACGUAAGAUACAAAAUAAUCGAAGGCAUCGUUAGAGGGCUUCUUUAUCUUCACGAAGAUUCGCAACUGAGGAUCAUACACCGUGACCUGAAGACGAGCAACAUACUUUUAGACGCUGAGAUGAACUCAAAAGUGUCGGACUUCGGUAUGGCGAGGGUGUUCAACGUUGACGAGACUCGAGGAGAAACGAGCAGAGUAGUUGGAACAUACGGAUAUAUGGCACCCGAGUACGUGAAACACGGGCAAUUCUCGGUCAAAUCCGACGUCUACAGCUUCGGGGUCGUGCUUCUCGAGAUCAUAAGCGGUGAAAGAAACAAGAACUUCGAAGCAGAAGGCCUCCCUGCAUUUGCAUGGAAGAGCUGGGUGGAAGGAAGAGCUGCGGAUAUUAUCGAUCCAGUGAUGAGCAACGGUCCGAGAAGUGAGAUAAUGAAGUUUAUACACAUCGGUCUGUUGUGUGUUCAAGAGAAUGUUGAGAAAAGACCGACGAUGAACUCCGUCAAUCUGUGGCUCGGCAGUGAGACCACGACAAUGCCAUUGCCGACAGCUUCUGCUUUCAUUACACAUCCUCUCGGUUCGUUAGAAGAGCCGUCUCCGUCGUCGUCGAGGUCGAGAGGGGCAGACGGCACGUUUUCUGUGAACGAGGUCUCGGUUUCAGUGUUGGAUCCUCGUUGAUUUGUUCAAAUAUGAUGUAAUAUGUUUAGGCGAUGCAAUUCAGAAAAUAAAUUUAAAAAAAAGGCAUACCCAAUAAAAAAAAAAACCUCAACUUGUCAGAUGACAA